GAUUAAACAAAAGUGUCAUUUCGAUCUCUCUCUCUCCUUGCCUCGCGCGCUCCUUCCAACCGCUAUAACUCCUUAGCAUGCGCCAAGCCUACGGUAACAACUACGAAAGAGAGCGAAACGAAGGGGGUGGCGCAAGAGGCGGUUAUCAAAACCCUCACCCGUCCCACUCCAUGCCUCCCUUCCCGGGACGCUUUCCUGGACAACAAGGUCACUACAACAACAACGGCGGUGCUCGGAGUUCGGGGUCCUCGGCAGUCAUUAAUUUCGAAGAGCGCAGGGUGUUGCGGGAGCGCAGCGAUCUGUCCAUUUGGCCACCGUCGCCGAAACGCCCCUACGCCGAAGAUCUUGCCGAACAGGAACGUGACCGAUCUCGAUCGCGCAAGUCCAAGUCGUCGCGCCGACGCAAGUCACGCAAGUACUCGUCGGAUUCUGAGACGGACAGCGAGGAAGAGUAUGAGCGGGAGCGGAGGCGACGGCGCCGUCGCGAGCGUGAGCGCGAGCGGGAACGCCAGCGGGACAAGGACCGUGGUGCGAGGAGCACCUCGUUAGCCGAUGGCGAAGAUCUCCGAGGGGCGUCUCGACCACGCGGUGCUCGCGACACGGACGGUGGCGGCGGCGGCGGCUGGGUUGAAAAGGAGAACCGGGCAGAGCAGCGCGCGGAGCCCGCGGCUGCGCGCGGACAUUCGCCGGCCGAGGAAGCGGACGAUGGGGACGAGGUUGGACCGCAGCCGCCGUCCGAGCUCAAGAUCAAGGACAAGUUCAACCGCGAGGCCUACCGUGGUCUGCUGCCAGGAGAAGGCGCUGGCAUGCAGCAGUUUGUCGAGCGUGGCGAACGCAUCCCGCGCCGUGGCGAGAUUGGCCUCGACUCGGAGCGUAUCGCGCAGUUCGAGGAGUCGGGCUAUGUCAUGUCCGGUAACCGCCACCAGAGGAUGAACGCUGUCCGUCUGCGCAAGGAGGGACAGGUCAUCAACGCCGAGGAGAAGCGCGCGCUGCUCAUCAUGCAGCGCGAGGAGAAGCAGCGCAAGGAGGGCGCCAUUGUGACGCAGUUCAAGGAGAUGAUGGACGAGCGUCUCAAGCUCGAGGAGCGCCGCCAGCGCGAGCGCGACGAGGCGAGGGAGUAGAGUAGGUAGAAUUGUUGUACAUUGUAUCAUGG